UUACAAACUUUCUCUAACGACAACCACUCACUCUAUCCCCGCCUUUCAUUGCCAUGAUCGUGUUGUAAGAAAUAACACAUACUAUACUUUCUCUCAAACUUCAAAGUCUUUUGUUUUCCGCUGUUCUGGUCAAUUUCCUGCCAAGUCGCAACAUGCCUUUCUCCUCGAUGUUUCGCCGCCUCCAAAGCGUCCACAGAUACAAUGUCGACGUCCUCAAAUCCUCCCCAGUCUCCGAACUAUCUGGAUCACUUGGAGAUCUUGGAACGCUCCUCCCGUUGAUGACCGCGCUCGCCUUGACGGGUUCAAUAUCACUUCCCUCUACCUUGCUUUUCACGGGAGCCGCAAACAUCUUGACCGGCAUCGCAUUCGGCAUCCCUCUACCUGUCCAGCCGAUGAAAGCAAUUGCGGCGGUCGCAAUAGCUCGCAAGUUCACGAUCGAAGAGAACGCUGCUGCAGGAUUGGUAGUCGCCACUCUGGUAGGAAUAUGCAGCAUCACUGGCGUGAUCCACUGGGCGAACAAAGUAACGCCAAUUCCCGUCGUCAAAGGCAUCCAAGUCGGAGCGGGCCUUUCCCUCUGCAUAAGUGCCGGUACCACGCUGCUCGCUCCGUUGACCUGGAAUGGGCCGUGGUGGGGCGAUAAUCUGCUAUGGGCUCUUGCAGCCGGUCUGUUUCUGUUGCUCACGUAUGCAUACCCCAGAAUGCCGUACGCGCUCAUCGUAUUCAGCAUCGGCAUAUGUCUAUCGUUGUUCUCGCCUCUCAGUCAUUCAAACAAAUCUUUCGCCUCAGCAAUUCCCGUCGUCCGUCCCUCCGCCCUCGAUUUCUGGAAAGCCACCACCACGGCAUCACUGGGACAACUCCCACUCACGAUCCUCAACUCCAUAAUCGCCGUGGCAGCCCUUACGUCAGACCUUCUCCCUUCCCCACCACACCCCGUGAGCCCCACAGUGACCGAGAUUGGAGUUUCGGUAGCCGCAAUCAAUCUGGUCGGCUGUUGGUUCGGCGCCAUGCCCGCAUGCCACGGUUCCGGAGGCCUCGCAGGCCAAUAUCGGUUUGGCGCCCGUAGCGGAUCGAGCAUUAUAAUUCUAGGCUCCGUCAAGCUUCUCCUAGGCCUCUUAUCGCUGUUCCGUCCGGCCCUUAUUGUCGAAAUUCUCUCUGGAAUUCCCAAAUCUCUCUUGGGAGUACUGGUGCUGGCUGCUGGGAUUGAACUGGCCAAAGUCGGGGAGAGUUUGAAUACAGAUGCAUCGGAUUUGCGUGUUCUGCGUGAGGGCUGCGUGUGGGAUGGUAAAGAAGUGCGGCAUGUGGAUGAUAGCGAGAGGAGGCAGAGAUGGAUGGUUAUGCUCGUCACUGUUGCGACACUGCUUGCUUUCAAGAACGACGCUGUUGGCUUCCUUGCGGGGAUUACUUGGCAUUGGGGGAUGGAAGCCGGAAGACGUGUGCAGUCUUGGAGAGAGGAGACUGGGGAGAGAAGACUUUUCUGGAGACGGGAGAGACAUGCGGAUGCGGAGCGUACAUGGUUGCUGAGACGUGAGGGGUCUGAUGUGUCGCCUGAACAGUGCGGUAUUCGUACCUAAGAAAGAAAAUCUAAUCCCCUGGAAGUGAUCCUUUACAAGGCAGCACGAUCCAUGGACGAGAACGACAGAACAAUUUCCGUUACAAUACCGCAAGUUUCCACAUUUAACUGAACAGCCUAGAUAACGCACAAGUACAAGAGCGCGUGAGGUUAGAUACGAACCACCUCCGUCUAGGUCUAUUAAGUUCUAGAGUCUAGCUUCCUAGUAGCCUAAACAGAUUGUAGCUGGCUAGCUUGCGCUGAAGAGCUUCUCAACUACGAAGGCAGUGCAGGAGGAUGUUCAGUUGAACCUAAGAAGAGGCAAUGCCUUGUUGUCGCAACCUUCUAUCAUACAAUUGAUUACGAGU